UUCCAUUCUCAUCGAAUCGAUCGACUCGUGAACUACGGGGUAUCUCAACAUGGACACUGGAAUUCAAGGAUUCUUUAAGAAUAAAACCGUUUUCCUAACGGGUGGUUCAGGACUUUUGGGGAAAGUGCUUAUCGAGAAACUUCUGAGGACAACCGAUGUGAAACGAAUUUAUACACUCACUAGGCCAAAGCGCGGUGUGUCCGUUGAAGACCGCAUCUCAGCCUGGGAGAAGGAACGAUUUUUUAAGGUACUUUUAAAGGCCAGGCCCCAGGCCCUGAAGCGAAUCAGUCCCAUUGCGGGCGAUUGCUUGGAGCCGGAUCUUGGCAUAAGCGAGUCGGACCGAAGCCUUCUGGUCUCCAAUGUGCAAGUCGUUAUCCAUGGAGCAGCCACCGUGCGCUUCGACGAGGCUCUUCACUUGGCCCUGGCCAUCAACGUGCGUGCCACCCGGAUGAUGAUUCAGCUGGCCAAACAGAUGACCCAGUUAGUAUCAUUUGUCCAUGUUUCGACCGCUUUCUCCAACUGUGUGAAGACUGACAUCGAGGAGAGGUUCUAUCCGGAGUAUCUAAAGGAUACUUCGGACAAAAUAUUAGCCUUGGGCGAGAUCUUGAGUAAUGAAACGAUAGACAAUUUGACGACAUCUUUGAUAGGACCCUUCCCAAAUACGUACACCUACACAAAGGCUCUGGCAGAAGAUGUGAUCCUAAGGGAGGCGGGCGACUUGCCACUGUGCGUUUUCCGACCGGCGAUCAUUAUGACAACGUACAACGACCCCAUCGUUGGAUGGACGGAUAAUCUUAAUGGACCCCUGGCCCUUAUCUACGGCUCAGCUCGCGGUGUAGUGCGGGUCGUCUUGGUAGAUCCCAAAUGCAAAAUCAGUAUAGUGCCAGCUGACUUGUCUGGCAACGCAGCCCUGGCCUGUGCCUGGCACACGGGUGAAAAUAGUAAACGGGAAGGUAAGGCAGAAAAGCCAACUAUUUACACGCUUGGUGCCACCAAGGACAACCAAAUCAACUAUGGUAGAUUCGUAGGCUCAAUUUAUGAGCAUUGCGAUCGUAUUCCGCUCGACCAGGUGCUGUGGUAUCCUAUUAUUCUAUGCAUUUCUCCCCGACUUUUUCCGUUGGCCGCCUUAAUUUUCCACACCAUCCCGGGAUAUUUUCUCGAUGCACUACUUGUCCUUAUGGGCCGCAAGCCCUUCCUGACAAAGUUGUACAAAAAAAUACACAAGAAUAUUUUCAACCUGAGGCAUUUCACGACCAACUCCUUUAAUUUUGUCACUAAAAACACUUGUAACCUGUUUGAGGAGAUGUCCGAGCAAGAUCGCCGUUUAUAUAACUUUGACAUGGAACGCCUGGACUGGACGGAAUAUUUGAACGGGUCCAUGGACGGUUUUCGGGAGUAUGUCGCCAAGGAGCCCACUACCAAAGAGUCCCUUGCCAAGGCUAGAAAGCUCGGAAAGCGUUUUUUCUUACAGAUUAAAGGUCCUUCACUACAGUUUUAUGGCCUCGUUGGGCUCUCUAGCCGCUUACGGCUUGUGGCUACUGGCCAAGUUUAUCAUUUGAGCUAACAAGGGAUAUAACUUUUAAUUUUUUUUUUAUAUAUAUAUACAACACUUAUAAAUUAGAAGAAAAUUUAUUGGUAUUAAAAAUGCAUAAAAUGUUAUUUUAAUCAGUUGUAUAUGUGUAAUGAGAUUCGAAAUAAAUUCUAAAAAUUAUACAACGCAAUUUGUA